AUGUUGAUAAUAGCAGGAAAGAGGAAACGCCGUACUCGUUCGGAGCUACUUGUGUUCAUCUCGGUAAUAUUAAUUUUCACUGCACCCGGUGUCUGCUACACACGAUACAUCAACGAUAUUCGAGCAACUGAUGAGAUCUGUCCGAGUGAGAAUUUUCUACCCAUGGGUGUCAACCGAUGGAGUAACGGUGUACACUUCCAACAUCGUGGACAAAACGUUUGGGGUCAAUUGGCAAUCGUCAUAAUUGCAAUAAUGUUUGCUUUACCUCCACUUGGACUGAGCUGCUUUCAGAUCGCUACCGGUGCGGCUCUCUUUUAUGUGCAAAUAUGUUUGUCGACAGUAUCAGUAUUGAUUUUCCUGGCUCUUGGAGGUGUGGAAACCUGGUAUGCAACCGGUUACAGCCAUAUGGGACCGCUAAUUAGACAAAUUGGUGGUGGCCAAUUCAGCGGUUGUAUGAAUCUGCCAAACUGUGAUAUAUUAUUCCUCGUCAAAGGAUGGGCAGCUGCUGCGAAAGGAAACUGGGAUUGUGAGGGUGUUGCGAGACUGAACGAAUGUGAAGCAUACUCACAAACAUAUACAACACCCGUGACAUCUCGCACUUCAUAUGACCCAUCAGAACCGAAUCGUGUCGACAGUUACCGCACAAGAAUACACGUCGGAAGUAGUAAGUUUUAA